ACAGUCGUGAGAUCCAGCGAUGGCAGCACAACCGAGGAAGAGCUCAGACAUCAAUCAAUCGGCUCCAAUCGAUACGGUACCUGGUACCAGAGUAGAGCUAUCAUCCCAGUGUUUGGUUGACUACCAGUAUCCAAUCCAUAGACUUCAGAUAGUGAAAGGAUGAGCUCAGAAGCGUUGCUACCCUCGCCCGAGGAAGGAGCUGCUACCGCUAAUGGUGCCGCUAACGGUACCUUUACCAAUCCAUUUGGAGCGGCAACAGACGAAGAAGAAGAAGAGCCGGUAGUGGAAGAAGAGCUAGAAAUACCAGAAGACAUUGCGGCUGGAUUCGUGAUACCCUUAGGUGUGUUUCCGCCAAUGAAACGAUUAUACCCAGUGUUCCAGGGUGGGUACUCGACGGCAUCGCUUGGGAAUCCGUUGCCGGCUCGAUUGGCAGAGCACUGCGCAUCUUCGUCUAGUUCGAUGAGCGGCGAAGCCUUAGAAGAGCUCUGGAAGGACCUGAUGAACAUAAUUGGCGAACCAGUGACCAAGUACCACACAAGGCGACUUUACAUUGUGGCAUCCAUGGCUCUGCUGGUUAUCGUGGCCGUUCCUUUCUUGAUCCCACUUAUGAUACAUUCUUCCAGUACGAGAGGGGUAUCCAUUUUCAUUUUACUAUUGAUUGCGGGACUUUUCGGUGGAGUGCAGUUCUUGAAAUGUGCUACCCAAGAACCUCUUCAAAUGGCUAUCAAAGACAUUACCGAACUUCAUUCUCCUGGAUGGAAAGAAAAUGCACGUGUCACACUCAAACUAGUACAACCGCAGCAAGCAUGCUGCUCCAGUUGCCCCUCUUGCUGCUGUGGUGGCUGCUUUGGGUCGGGUUCCACAGCGGGAAAAGAAGAAAUGAUCCUUUUAUUCCAAAAGUAUGUUCCUGUUUCAGAACGACGAGCCCAAAUUGCUUUUGUAUGAUCUAUUUACAUUACUAGAAGUACAGUAUGUUGCAUGAAGGAAACUGCAUCCAAAGCAAAUUAGACGACAUCACUGAUUGCUAAUAUCCAUAUUACUAGCUAGAACUAUCUAUAAUGCAGG